AUGGCCGAAAAUCAAAAUAAUUCAUCUUCAAAACGGUAUAAUUCAAUUAAUAAUGAACAAAAUAGAACAAAUUCUAAUCAUGAACAACUUAUUCCAAUUUCAAUUGAAUAUUUAUCAACACCAAUAACAAUUUCAAAUAAACGAUGUCGUCGUUCUUCAAUAACAAAUGAACAAUCUGUAUCAACACAAUUAUGUUCAAAUACUCAAGAUUUUAUUUAUGAUAGAAAUCUUACUAUGACACCUAUUAUAGGAACUCGAAAACGAUCAGCACAAGAUGAUCUAGUCGCUUUUACAACGCAUCAAUUUCUUCAAGAACAUGAACAAUAUACGCAUAAACGAGCUCGAUAUGAAAAUUCGAAUAGUAUUGAAUUAGAAAAUCAACCACCACGUUUAACUAAUAAACGUCGAUCUUUAUUCUUUCAUCAACAACAACAACAACAACAACAGCAAGAAGAUCAUUUAUCAUCAACAUGGAAUAAUCAUCAGACUACAAAUGAUAUAUCAUUAUUUUUUAAUGAUAUUCCUUCAUCAUUAUCACAUCCAACAAUAACAACAUAUCAUCGAAUAAAUAGUGUGCCUAAUCAUGAACAUAAUUUAUCUGAUCAAUAUUCAUCAUUAUUAACUGAACAACAUCAUCAUCAUCAUUCAUCAAUUUUUCAUAAUAAUAAUAAUUCAUUAAUAACAUCGAAUCAAAAAAGUACUAUACCAAAAUCUUCAAAAACUAAUAUACGUUUAUUAUCACCUCAAUUAAAUAGUUCUAGUCCAUUACGUACAACAAAUUUUCUAUUUGAUAAUAAACAACAAACAAUUAUUCGUACAGGAAAUAUAUCACCAGCACAUUCAGAUUCAUCAAGUGAAUCAACAUCAACAUGUUCAUCGGAUGAACAAUUACAUCAUCAUCAUUAUCAUAUUUAUCAACCACAACCAUGGCGUACAUAUCGUGAACGUGAAAAUUAUGAACAAUUAUUAGAUCUUGCAGAAAAAUUAUCUGAUCCAAAUCGUUUUAAUAAAGUUGAUAUACAACAAUUUUUUUCUUAUCGUUAUAAAAUACCAACAAUAUCAUCUAAACAAACAGCUUGUGUUAUUUGUAUGUCACAUUUUAAAAAUGGACAACAUAUUCGUGUACUUCCAUGUCAACAUGAAUAUCAUUCAAAAUGUAUUGCACGUUGGUUUGCAAUGAAUUCAUCAUGUCCAAUUUGUCGUCGAGAUAAUUUUCUAUCUUCUUGCUGA